AUGCGCUUUCGUCUCUUGUUCCUUGUGUUGAUACCAGCGGUCAUUGCAAGUCCGUCUCCUGACGGGAACAACAGGGAGGUCGACAUCUCUGCGAACGUGGAACCAAUUACAGCCACUGUCUUCGUAUACCCAUCCACCGAUGAAUUCAGUCGUGAUCGCCAGGAUGAAGAGACUGAGUGCAACUUAGAGGCUUUCUACGGAGAUCGUGUCGUAAAAACCCAAGAUUCCAAUGGAAAACCGUGUUGGAAGUUGUCCCUGAUCGAAGGCGAGACGGUUGACGAUCUCCGGGGUUGGAGGGACAUCGAUAUCCCCGGUGUGAGCUACGAGGAGCGGAAGCUGAGAUUCACGAAGAGGAAGGUACCUCCGAAACCGACAACGUGGUGGGCUGUGGCCAAGGAUCCGGAGGACACCGAGGCGAAUGCCAAGAUCUUCGCGUACCUCAAAACCAAGACCAAGCCUGGAGAGGAUGUCUAUGAGCUCACGUGUUACGGAGGGCGUAGAUGGGGCCCGUUGCAUUUGAGUCCAGGGGGCAUUUUGGAAGUGGCACAGUAUCCCGGCAUCCUCCCGGAAUUGGAUAUAUCUCAGCCGCUCAUCAAAUGUUGA